AGUUUGGGUGUCCAACGGUUGUGCUAUUAAAUUGGCGCAUUUCGAUCUGUCUUAGUCUUAAGCCUUUGUUUGCCAUAUCACAUAACUCCUCUGCUUCCAUUUGUAUCCUUCAAUCUCUCUCCUCUUCUUCACAAAACAACAUAAAACUCUCCUUCAAUUUCUCCGUCAUUAUUUAUUUUUAGUCCCCAAAUUUUGUUAAGUAUCUAGUACAGUUUUUACUUGGAAGUUGUUGAAUAGAGAAGAAAAAUGAUGAAGACUAGCAGUUUUUGGCUUCGUAAAUUCAUGCCGUCUUCCACACUUAUUUCUCCUCCGAUAAAGUAUUUGAAGCUUGAAGGUCUCAAAUUCUACACGUCUCAGGCAGUAUCACCAGCUUACAGCGACGAUGAGUGUGCUGAUAUUGACUGGGACGCUAUGGGUUUUGGCCUCACACCCACUGAUUACAUGUAUAUCAUGAAAUGCUCCCAACAGGAUGAGGGCUUUACUCAGGGGGAACUGCAUCCGUAUGGAAAUAUAGAAUUGAGCCCUUCUGCUGGGGUUUUGAACUAUGGACAGGGCUUAUUUGAAGGAAUGAAGGCACAUAGGAGAGAAGAUGGACAAAUUGUCUUAUUUCGCCCCGAUCAAAACGCCCUACGUAUGCAAACAGGUGCUGAAAGAAUGUGCAUGCCUUCCCCUACCAUCACUCAAUUCAUUGAUGCUGUCAAGCAGACCGCUCUUGCCAACAAGCGCUGGAUUCCUCCUCCUGGAAAGGGAUCCCUCUACAUGAGACCUAUGCUCCUAGGAACAGGGCCGAUUCUUGGGCUGGGUCCUGCUCCUGAGUACAUGUUCUUCACCUAUGCUUCCCCAGUUGGCAGCUAUUUCAAAGAAGGCAGUGCUCCCCUGAAUUUGUAUGUUGAACAAGAAUUUGAUCGUGCUUCUCGUGGUGGAACUGGUGGAAUAAAAACGAUCAGCAACUAUGGACCCGCUUUGAGGCCACUGGUGAAGGCGAAGAGCAAUGGAUUCUCUGAUGUUUUAUACCUCGAUUCUGUGGAAGGGAAAUACGUUGAGGAGGUCUCUUCGUGUAACAUAUUUACGGUAAAGGAAAACACAAUCUCAACUCCAACAAUAAAAGGUACUAUUCUCCCAGGAGUUACAAGAAAAAGCAUCAUUGAAAUUGCCCGUGAUCUUGGUUACAAUGUCGAGGAACGCCCAAUCCCAGUAGAGGAAUUGCUUGAAGCUGAUGAAGUUUUCGGCACAGGAACUGCUGUUGUUGUUGCCUCUGUCGGUAGCAUUACUUACCUUGGUCGAAGGGUAGAAUACAGGACAGAUGAUAACUCAGUAUCAAAAAGGUUGCUGUCAACAUAUGUUGCAAUCCAAAAUGGUUUAAUUGAGGACAAGAAAGGUUGGAUGGUUGAAAUUAAAUAGGGCUCUAUAGACUAUAGUUUCAGCCAAGAUGCUGUAUAAAUGUAGAUGUUUUUUUUCUUCUUUUUUUAGUGGAUAUUUUGAUUAGUUACUCUUUAAGCUUAUUCAUUUUAGAUAUAGUGGAAUGUCUGAAAAUUGUAAAUCAUGCAAGAAUGAUGCAUGUCAAGAUGUGAAGUGGACUAAUGUAAUGUAAACUGUUUUUUCUUUGA